GGGGGAGCAGGGGACCGGGGUCCCAGAACCCCACUUCCUCAUGGAUACCUCUGAACCAGCAGCCCCUGAGAAGGAGCGUUCGGCCCGGCACAAGGCCAAGACCUGUUGGAAUGUCUUCUGGGGUUUCUGGGACUACGAGACGCCCAAGGUGAUCGUGGUGAAGAACAGAAACUUGGGCUUCAUCUACCGCACAGUGCAGCUACUCAUCCUUCUCUACUUUGUCUGGUAUGUAUUCAUCAUUCAGAAAGGCUACCAGGACAGUGAGACUGGGCCUGAGAGCUCUGUCAUCACGAAGGUCAAGGGCAUCACCAAGUCCCAGAAGAAAGUAUGGGAUGUAGAAGAGUAUGUGAAACCCCCUGAGGGGGGCAGUGUGUUUAGCAUCAUCACUCGGGCAGAAAUAACUCCUUUCCAGACCCUAGGAGCCUGCCCAGAGAGCAUCCGCAUUCGCAAUGCCACCUGCUUCUCUGAUGAUGAUUGCAUAGCAGGGGAGAUGGACAUGCUGGGCAAUGGAGAGAAAACUGGCCGCUGUGUUCCCUAUUACCGAGGGACCAAGAAGACAUGUGAGGUGUCAGCCUGGUGCCCUGUGGAGGAUGAAGCAGUCAACAGUGAGUUCCUGGGACAGAUGGCCCCACAGUUCACCAUCCUCAUCAAGAACAGCAUACAUUACCCUAAAUUCCAGUUUUCCAAGGGGAACAUCAGAGACUAUGAUGAUGGCUACUUGAAACACUGCACCUUCAAUGCUGACACCGACCUCUACUGUCCCAUAUUUAAAUUGGGCUUCAUUGUGGAACAGGCAGGAGAGAACUUCACAGAGCUGGCAUACAAGGGUGGAGUCAUUGGGGUCAUUAUCAACUGGAACUGUGACCUGGACCUGUCUGAGUCCAAAUGCAAUCCCAAAUAUUCCUUCCGGCGGCUUGACCCUAAGCACAUCCAGGCUUCCUCGGGCUACAACUACAGAUUUGCCAAGUACUACAACCACAAUGGCACAGACUCCCGUACUCUUAUCAAGGCCUAUGGGAUCCGAAUUGAUGUUAUUGUGCAUGGACAGGCUGGGAAAUUUAGCCUGAUUCCCACCAUCAUUAAUGUGGCCACAGCACUGACUUCCAUUGGUGUGGGCUCCUUCCUCUGCGACUGGAUCUUACUGACCUUCAUGAACAAGAAUAAGGUCUACAGUCACAGAAAGUUUGACAAGAUGGUGGAUACCCAGGACCCGAGUGAAGGACAAGGGCCUUCCAGCCCACGGGCUUCUUCACAGGACUCCAUACCCAUGGAACCCAAAGGCUUGUCCCAGCUCUGAACCCCCAGCACCAUCUCCACCUUUUCCUUGUGCUGCUUAGAGAGUGAGGCCCUGGCUGGGGCCACAGGGUCAUUUGAAGUCAACAGCUCCGCCAAAAGACAAGGUCUCUGGGCUGAUGCUGCUAGA